AUGACAAACGCAAAAUCUAAGAAAAAGAAGGUCGACGAGAAGGAGAGUAAUGCUCCCCCUUCUUCCUCCGCUCUGAUCAUUUGUCGGAACAAGUACGUACGAAGGACGUUUGCUGCGCUCCGUCAAUCCCGUCCACCCCUUCCCCAAAUUUUUGGAGGGGGGGGGAAUGAGGAAAAAAAAAAAGACAAACAGACAAACACGGAGGAGAGGGGUUUGUUAAAACAAUUAUUCUCCUCCGCCUUUCGAAGGUUGCUGACUUUACUCAGGCAUUGGCGGUACAUCUCCUCGUUCCACGGCCCAUGGCUCCAAUUGCCCCCGGAAGUGCUCGAGUCCCUCGCUCACAGCAAUUACCAGGCCCCGCGCCCGCGGCCCAUCGACCCAGCCGUGCUCUACGAUCUCGUCAAGAUCCGCAGGCUGAUCGACGACGCGACGAACCUCGCAGUCCGAGCCGCCUCCGGGAUUGCCUCCUCAACGGUGCUCAAAGAUGGCGGCUUACUCGGCGGGAGUGCCGCGGGGGUGCUAGGGCUGGGUAUAGUUGGAGGGGGCCCCGCACCCCGACUCUCUAGGGAGCGCAAACAUCGCAUGCGCGAACUUGCGACCCAGAAGCUCGCGAAGGCCUACAAGCUCGAUGAGAUCGCUGCUUCAGUGGCGACGAUGCAGAGUGCGAGUUCCCUGGAGGAGGUUGCGAAUCUGGUGCUUUCUAGGAACCCUAACGACCCGGAUGCGAAGUAUGUGCACUUUUUUCAUGAGAAGAUUCCUAGCCGGAUGUUGGCCAAGUGCACGAGUUUGAAGCCGCUGGAUGACGUUAUCAGUGAGAGACCGGCCGAGGGUGCGCCGUUGAGGACUAGGGCUGUCACGAAGGGCUUUAAAGAUGACUUUAUUGGUGCGGCACAGGACUUGACACAUGCGCUGAAUAUCUCGAGGCCCCGGAGCCUGCAUGACCUUGGGAUGGAGGUGGCUACUCGGGGCGCCGGUAGCAGUGGUGGUGGUGGUAGCAAUGGCACCCCUAGGAGGACGGAAGAGGAGGACCAACCUUCUAGUUUGGAAGCGCAAUUACUUUUCCAUCGCGCCUCGACUUACUUGACGAUUGCUUGCCAGAAUAUCGAAGCCACCCUGAUUCCUAAGGCUAAUGCCUCGGCAGUACCGGAGGAGGCCGCUCAGGCUGAAGCCCUCAAGCGAGAGGCUGCUAAGAAAGCUGUUAGGACUAACGCUAAGCGAGCUCUGAGGGACUACAUCAAGUUCUUGUCUACUUUUGAUUACACUCCAGGAUUACCUCCGGAGACUACAGAAGAAUUUAUGAGGAGUGUAGAGCGGGAAGUCAGCAAGGCCUCUGACCUCAACCUUGGAAACACCCGGAGCGACACUAAGAAAUUCUUAGAAAUCCUCUACAGGCAAACAGGAAACGGAGGUCACCAGCCGCACACCCACCACCACCACACCAACAUGAACAACCCUCUCCCACCCACUCUCCUCCCUCAACUUCCCGUCUACCAAGUCUCUGCCCUCUUCACAUCCCCCCAACCCUCCACCCUCCCUCCAUACCCCUCCGCUUCACUCAUAACCACUAACGGCUCAAGCCGCACCUCAACCCCAAACAGCACCCCUAGAACCUCUACCUCCUCAACCUUAACCGCCGCGGCCACGGCCCUACUAGCCGAUGGCGGUGAGGCAAUAACCUACCAUCCCCUCCUAACCGACGCUCUGCACUCCCUCAUCCUCUGUCAUGUCCUGAUUCAAACCCCGACAAAGGAAAUCCUCCGGCAUGCUCACAUGGUUGCCCGACUGGCACGCAUUUGCGACGGCUAUCCCAUAUUCCUGUCCCCCCGCUCCCCGGCUCGUGCAGAUUGGAUCGAAGUGCUUCGCAGGACGAAUAAUUUCGUUGGGCUGGAGAGUACCUGGGAGGCUCUUUGUUCUCCCGCACCGCUGCCGGGAUCCCCCCCGUCUCCAAUUGGAGAUGGCGAUGUUAGCCUAGAGCUGGAGAGGGCUGCGGCUGCGCUGGUGGGGGGUGGGAGGGUCAUGCAUCAGCACGCACCGCCGGUGCAGCCGAAGAGGUGGGCACAGGAAGACGGUGGGAAGGAGUACCCUAUUAGCACCGAUCGGGCGGCCGUGGUUAGUCGCUGGGUUAGGGAGGGGGUGAAAAGGGAGAGGGAGAGACUUGCGGUGGCAGCGUUGGCGAAGGAUUCCGCGCACGUGAAUAGCAGUGGUACUGGGAGCCCGGUGACGCCGACGACGCCGAUGGUGGAAGGGGUGGAGGAAUUGCAGGUUUAGCGGGCGGGGCUUUUUUCUUCUUCCCCCCCCCCCUCAGAGAACAGGGUAGCAAGAGAGGAAAUUGGGUUGAAGUUCCCACAGACAUAGCGGGGUUCUCUGUUUGAUCUUCUACUUCUCAUGGGUAACGCGAUAUAGUUGGAAAAUUUUUUUUUUUACGUGCUGCCGCGUUUGAUAAGAUGGGGCGGGGGGGAAGAGGGGGGUUGUUGGGGCGUUAUCUGUAGGAUCCUGUAUAUGGCGCGAGUGAUGUCUUGUGAAUAUUCUUCAUUGCAUGCAUGCAGAAACUGGCGGUAGGUAUGAUAGGUGUUCACCGAUCGCAGUUUGGUGGGUUGGAUGGUUCGCGUUUGCUACAUAUUUAGAGCUAUUCUAGAAAAAAGCGGAUAAUAAUAGGGAUCACGUUUCAUAA